GCGUGCGCUAGGGAGACGGAUGUCUGAGACAGAUCCAAGAAUUGUGCAGGGCCGAAAUUGAAAGGUGGGAAUCGGAAUACGACUUGUCUUAGGUUUCCAGGAUGAGAAUUAAACCCUACUGGUCAAGACCCUCCCGAUUGAACCGGGUCUCUAUUUGUAGGACUAGUAGAAAUCUUACGUCCCUGCGCUUGUCUUGGAGCUAUUUUUAUUUCUUGCCUUUUGCCCCCCAGGGUUUUCUUGGUUGGGUCCUGGCGGGUAAAAUGAUCCAGAUAUUUGAGACAUGAAGUUUUCGACUUGGUUCUUGACGCCUCUCCGCUUAUAAACCGGGAAACCCUGUCCCUAUAAAUCUUCUCGGUCGGUUCUGUCCAUCCCGACUUGUACUUUCUUCGCUACAGUCGUUACCAAAUCAACAUGCGUUUCUUUCUUCAAUCUCUCCUGCCUCUGGCAGUCUCCGUUGCGGGUAAGCUGGGAAUCCCCGAACAAUCGCAAUGCGGUUCUCUUUCUGUCGUUGAGCCCAAGGAAGGCGCCGACAUUGAUGCUUCCGAUUCUUUCACGGUGAAAUGGACUUCUGUCAGCACCGAUCCUUCUAGCUUCGAUCUGUACAUCGUCAACAAUGCCGUCUACCCCCCCGUCGAGACCAAGAUAGCCUCUGAUGUCGAGACCUCGGAGGGAUCUUACACUGUGGACAAUGUUUCUGGCAUCACCAAAGGACACGGGUACCAAAUCAAUCUGCUGUCCGACUCCGCGCAGAACUCGGGAAUCCUCGCCCAGUCCCAGCAGUUCAACAUUACCGGCGCUGCCUCCAGCUCUUCCUCGUCCACUUCCAGCUCUUCCACCACCAGCACCUCCUCCACCUCCACCAGCACCUCGUCGACCGGCACCUCGACCACCUCGACCACUCUGACUACGUCCGGCGCCACGACCAAGACCACCUCUGGCAGCAGCACCAGCGCCGGCAGCGCCACCACCAGCUCCGGCGCCGCGUCCUCCUCGGGUGUCAAGGCCAACGAGACUUCCUCGGGAGCUGCCUCUGUCCACACCGGUGCCGGUGUUGCCCUGGCUGUCCCCCUGACUGCCGGCACUGGUCUCUUGCUCGCGGCGCUUUUCUUCUCCCUGUAAGCGUCGUCUUGAUCGACCGGCCCCUAGGAGCCAUACUCUCUCUCGCGAGAAGAGUGGUGAAGAUUCCUUUUGAUGUACUUUGGUGAACUUUUUGAGUAUAAUGUGUUGGGAAGUAAUUAGAGAUUGACAUUCAAUUCUGACCAUAUGAUUUUAUUUUUGGGAUUGGAAUCUUGAAUAAGCACUUAGUACUCCGUACAUUAGUUAACAUUCACUAGUCGGUACAAUCAAGACAAAGUGUGAUCUAUCACAAAGAAUACGAGGGGAUACCAUACAUACCAUACAUACCAUACAUACCAUACAUACCAUACAUACCAUACCAUACCGGUACCUCCCAGUACCAGUCAGAACACGGUACUAGUAAUUCUUGAUGAUAUUUCAU